ACGGAGGUGGGAGGUGCGCGUCGCAGCCGAAGUGUGCGGAGCGUGGAGAACACAGACGUGGACAAAAUCAUCCCAGAAUGGGUUCUACUGGAGCAGCUUCGAACACUAACUACAGCCCUGGACAGCCUCCAUACCUCACUAGGAUCUCGGCACACACUCGCCUACCAACUGGCUCUUCAGGUGAUGGAAGAAACCUAUGGAUUCCACAUAUACCGCGCUCCAAGCUGUUUAGGUGGUACCGGUGUAUUUGUAAUGACAAAUCGUGAGAGUGAUGUGGCAGUGCAGCGAGGACAGUUGGUUGCUCUAUACCCUGGAGCCAUUUACCUCCCCUUUCAACCCAUUUUCAUUCAGAGCAUUAACAAUCCAUUCAUCUUUCGUUGUAUUGAUGGAAUAUUGGUAGACGGUCAUGAUAAAAGAAUUUCCAAAUAUCUCUUCAGAUCUUGUGUAAAUCGAGAUCGUGUUGGGUCCUUCCCUAUUGCUGACACCACCUGGCUUACGGACUACCCAGCAAACCCUUUAAAUGUUGGACAGUAUGUCAACAACCAGUCUACAGGUCAUCCCAGCAAUGUUGCAUAUCAAGAGAUAACGUUACAACCUGGUGACAUCCCUUUACAAGAACGGCAGUACCUUCCUAACAUGUGGUAUUCCCUACCUCAAGGAACACCUGUGGCAGACAUUCCACUUCGUACAGUAACACUGGUAGCUACUAGAGACAUUCUUGCAGGUGAGGAGCUAUUUUCAGAUUAUUUUACUAUUAUACACUGACUGCACAACCAAGAAGAUGGUGACUGUGAAGUUCGAUAGUUUUUCCAAAGUAUACCAAGAAAAGGACAAGCUUAGAUAGUAUAAAACUGUUCAAAUUUUGGUUCGAGGAGCAAGAAAUUCCUCAACAACAAAGAACGGUACACCUUUACCCUCUACUGCUGUGGUAUGGAAAAUUUCCUUUUUUGAAUGUACAUAUACUGUACACUGUAUGGCACUGUGUUUCUAUUCUAUCAUUUGGAUAUAUAUAACCUAUCUAUAAAUGUAUAACCUAUAAAGGCAUCUAUCAUUUGGAUAUAUAUAUAACCCAGUACAGUAUGAUAAUCCAUAAAAAAAAUAAUUAAGGCUUUAGUUUGAUCACACAUGGAAAAAAAACUGGAAUGAAUAAUGAACUGUCAAUUUCUGGGCGAGCCUUAGUAGUUUCCGGACACCCUCCCUCUCCCAGGGAGUCAGGUCUCAUCAUUUGUCGAACUGAUGGUGGAGCGACCUGUGAGCCGUGGCCUGCCCCCUCUGGGUGCCUUCCUUGGUGGUGGUAUAAAUGAAUUACUUAAUACUCUAAGUAAAUGCCACAGCUCCCCGUGUCUUGGUGAGGGGACCAGAGAGCUCCCCCAAGAAAGGUGUAUCUGCGGCAGCAUAACUUCAGGGUAAAAACAUGGUGCAUGCUUACAAGAUAUUGCUCAAGGUCUUCCCCUUGAUAAGAUGUUAACAUGGCUCUAAGAUCAGCUGCUAGCAGAAUACAUAGCCCAGUAAUAAUGAGGAACCUUUAUAAUUUCCUAUGAUUAGGAAGUCGUCUGAAUUUACUUCCAUCUGAAUUUUUUCAUAAUUGGCAAAAUUGUUAAUGUUGCUUGUCAAUGCUGUCUGAAAACAAAUAUACACUACUAAUUUUGAACACUAUGUUUAAUAGCACAUCCAUUACUUUUAUAGAAUGCAUGUGACUUUUGUAUACAGGAUCAGUGUAUAUAAUUUUAUAUACUAAACACUAGUGCAUGCAGUAUUGUCCAUGGAAACAUUUAAUGCUGCAAUGCAAAAUAUAUACAGUACCACAUACCUGUAUUACAAUGAACUUUAUAGAAACUCUACCUGAAGUGUUAGUUAUAUUGAAGACUCAUGUACUGUAUUUUACUAUGAAUAAAACUAACUAUACCCUAUA